AUUUCAUCAAUCUCAACUCCUUCAUCAACACUUUAUUUAUAAGUAUCGUACUAUCAUCAUCUAUCUAAGAUUAAACACUAUUCGUUACUCAAGAUGCCCCCAGUCCGCUCCGCCAAGAAGAACACGGCCGCCACCGAUGCAGCCCCUGUCGGCAAACGCCCUAGCACCAUGUGGCUCAAGCCCAUUCCCAAGGGAGACAAGGAAGCCUUCUUUAAGAGUAGCGAGCGUGACUGGGACGACAAGUACGAAGCCAAGAUCGGAACCGCGACUAAGAUCAUCAAGUUUGGAUCCGAAUUCAUCUUGACCGAUCGCCACGUCGAUGAGAUUUUGGCCCUUGGUCCUGGCGUCUGCGGAGGCCUUUGGCAAUUCAUCUUUGAAUACAAAGACGUCAGUUACGACGCGAAGAAUAGCGCCAAACUGACCACUCAGUCUGUCAUCCGUCUGGCCAAGGCAUGCCCCAAGCUCAGGAGAAUCGAGCUCCAAGCUGCAACCGAAGUCAAGGAGGAUGCCCUCCUCGCCUUGUUCGAGAACUGUCCCGCUCUCACGUACAUUGAGCUCAGCGCCCUUUCCCACGGAAACGACAUCACUGGAACGUCCCUUGAUGCCCUCCGGGAGAACCCGGAGUGGGCGCCCAAGCUCAAGACCCUCAUGCUUGGUGAAAAGGAUGACAAGAAGGAUUUCAUGAAGGCCAUGCGCGCCUUGGGCAAGGAAAGACAGGCCAUGACAAUCACCCUGAUCAGUCGACAAGAAGAGAAGAGGCCAUGUCUCGAAGAGGCAGGACGAGGCAGGACCUCUGUCAAAGUGCUUAUCCCUCUCGCGGGCGUGAUGGGAUAAGUUCAUUGUGUUACAAGGCAUUCUAGAAAUGCCGCCUAGUGUGUUAGAUACCCAUUGUGUUCGCUGAUACUGUGUCCGAUGCCUUCUUUUCAAAAGAAGGCGUCACUAUAAAUAUAUAAAAGC